CAUGAGGAGAAAAAACCAAAAAGAAGAAAGAACAAAGCCUCCCGUUCCCUCCCUCCAUCGAAUAACCAAACAAACAAACAUACAAACCAGGCACCAGUCCUCACUUGCCUCAGCUGUUCCGCUAAUCAUCGUCAACCGCAGCCCUCUCUGUCUGUCUUGAUUUCAUUCCAUUUAGUGGUCUCGCGCACCGGAGAUUUAAUUCCCUUAAUUUUCUGUGCUGGUUGUGUUUGGUUUUCUCGUUUUGCUUCACGUUUUGCGGGGUGAGGCGGUUGUGGUAGUUAGACCCGGGGUUGGUGUGUGUGUGUGUGUAUGUAUGUAGCGGGAUUGACCAGGAGUUGUGAGUAGUUUGACGUCGGGGAUUGGCGGUGUGGAGAAUGUGGACGGCGUGAGAAGUGUUUUUAUUUGUGGUAUUAUUUUUUGUGGAGAUAAUUUGUGGAGGUGUUAUUUAGCGCGGCUGGAAGUUUGGUGGGAGGGGGACGAGUGUGGUUAAGUGGACUGUUGGCGAGGUGAGGCGAAAUGGGCAGCCCGGAGGCCGUGGGAACGCCGGGAAGUGCGUUUGAGGACCUUACUGGAGUCCUGCAAGGGUGGAAGCGCAAGGUGUCUGGGAAGAAAGGCGGCACCCCAAAGAAGAAGGACGUGACUUUUGUGGCUCCUGAUGGCGAAGAAGUGAAGAACAAGAGGCAACUGGAUAAAUAUCUGAAAGCUCAUCCAGGAACGUUGUCUGCGAAGGAUUUUGAUUGGGUUGUUCCAGCUGGCGAUGCUGUCACCCCCACGGAAAAUCGGAGAAGAUCUGCAAGACUGAAUUCCAAGGGCCGGCCUUCCACCGAAGGCGUUGAUGAAGACACCGAGCUGAAACAGCCCGUGGUCAAGAGGUCAAGGAAGAGCCGUGACAACGGAAAGGACGAAAGCGAUGGCAAGGACGACGGCGACGUGAACGCAGUGACGAAGAAUGGAGUCCACGAGCCUGCAGAGAAGAAAGUGGAGGAGAAGGAAGCCAUGGAUGUGGACGCCCGCAAGGCGGAGGGUGGUGGUGAGGAGGAAGGCAAGGACGUGACGACGGAAUCGGCGAGUGAUAAAGUCGAGGACGAGAAGGUGGUGUCGGAGGGGAUCGACGUUGAGAAGCCCGUGGAGGCUGCGACGGAGGCAUCGACAAAAGGCGAGGGGGAGUCCAAGGUGGUGUCGGAGGGGAUCGACGUCGAGAAGCCCGUGGAGGCUGCGACGGAGGCAUCGACGAAAGGCGAGGGGAAAUCGAAGGUGGAGGGCAAAGGAGUGGGGAACGGCGACGCAGAGAAGGCGAGCGAAGAGGCUGGCGAAAAAGUGGAAGUGGCGGAGGAGGCCCGGUCCGAGGACACCCCUGCGACGAUCGGAGAAGUCGGGAAGCCUGAGGCUGUGGAAGCUCCGGGUGCAGAGGCGGAGGCAGUCGCCUAGGAGGCAGGGUCUGUGCAGCAGGGUGUAGAGAGGAGAGCGAAUGCACGCAAAGUAGCGUUUGGGGACGCCGAGGCAGAGCGAGCGUCCAAUGCAUGGAUGGUAGAAGGAUGGUAGCGGCGAGAGCAUCUCUUCUGGCAUGCGGAGGAUGGGACGGAGGUUGGCGUGGAGCUUGCAGCUCUGGGGCCGACGGGUGGUAGGAUGUCGGGAUGGUGGUUGUAUGUAAGCGUGGCAAGUGGGGCAAGGGUGGCCGAGGAGGAGUGAGGUAUGUUGAUGAACAGAGGCGCAAGGACACACUCCAGGCGGUCGAAGCGCGGGGGAGGUAGAGAACGGGUAGAGGGGGACGGCGGAGUGAUACAAGCAGGAUGCAUGGUUGUUGGGGUGUGGAGAUAGAGAAGGUUGAUGGCAAGUGUGAACCGUGCAGCAGACAGUUGCGGUAUUUUGUGAUAUUUGUGUGGUCAGGAAGAUUGCAGUCCCUCAUGUGCCGCGGAACAGCUUUUGAACGACAGGGUGGUGGAUCCCUUUGAACAGU